GGGAGGCAGCAGUGAACUAAACUGUAUCGAGUCUACCGGAAACAGGAAGAAGAAGAAGAAGAAGAAGUCGAAGUCCAAGAGGAAUCACAACCAGACAGUGGUUAUACACAGUCUGAGCUCACAUUCAAACAAACCUGCUGGAUAACGUGGUAUUUUCAGCUCCAAUCCUCGGUUGUGUCCCAGUCAGUCCCAGGACUUCUGUGGUUGAAGAUGGCACAGAAAGAGAGAAGAACAGAGAUUGGUGAGGAGCAGCGGGAAAUUUUGAAAUCCUUUUUUAGGGAGGGAAUGAUGCGUGUUGGUUCACCUUUAAUACCAAGUGCUGCAUCAGCUACUGGUUUGGAAACAUGCGUCAUAGAGAACUGGAUUGGAAACUACAAAAGGUCCUUUAAAGCUUCUUGUGAGCCUCGGCGCUCAAAACUGAAACUGCACACACGAGAGCUGACGCCAUACAAUCUUUUUUGUAGAGACCUGCUCAGAAACAAAGGCACAAUGAACGAUAUUAAGGGCAGGUGGUCCACUUUAGGGGACGACGAGAAGCAGGAAUACUAUGAAGAGGCAGCAGCACUGAGGGCGCAAGGGCAGGCAGAGGACCUUAGCCCUGAGAUGAGGGAGCUCAAAAUUAAAAGGCAUCUGAAGCAGCUGAAGUUAGAGGUGUCCAAGCUCGAGGCUUUGGGUGUGGAAACGGCCAUUUUCUCGUUCGACCGCCAAAAGCACUGCUCGAAGGCGUACAAACUGAGCAGCAAAGGAGCCGCCGACUUCCUUGACACAACGGACGCGGCGAACAACUUUGCACUACAUUUCAGAGCAGGCUCCUCAGCCUCAACAGCCAGUCCCAAAGAUCAAGUCGAUGUACUGGUUAAAAAAGUGCAGGAACUAUUCAACCAAAAAUAUAGGGAGGCUGGAGGUACUGGAAGGCUCCCCUACCAGUCCCUGUUGAAUCAAAGCAUGAUCAUAAACGCUGCUGGACUGCCCAAUGGCCUUACCCUCAGGAAACCAUCCUUUUAUGGAAGGAAACAAUUAGAAGCCAUUUUAGAAGACGCAGAGCACAUUUCAUUUGAAAUAAACACAGCAGUUGGCAUCCAGACGGAGUCGGAGGAAGAGAUGUUUGAGGCCAUGUGUGGAGAUGAUGCACAGCAAAUGAAAGAAGAGUCCUCAGAAACAGACAGUGAUGUAGCCGUGGUGUGGCAUGUGGUCCCGUCAUCUAGCUGUGAGGAAACAUCUACCAAUCUUCUUUAUCGGAAGUGGUGACGCCUAAACUGGAAUAUGGAUUCUCCCACCAGGGCUCUGCAGAGGGUGUUAACCUACGGUAUAAGCAGCUGUCACUGAAAAACAUUACUGUUUCAUAUAGAUCUGCCACUUAAAAGCCAAGAUGAUACUUGAAAUGGUUCACUAAGACAAUAUUUUGCACACAACUGUCUAAUCCCAGAUGGUUCCAUGAAGGUUUGCUUUCAUUUGUGAUCAUGAAUGAUGUGGUACGAUGUUUCCCUCUAGGUUGACUGCUUUGGCCUGCCGGAUAGGCUGAAUUACACGGAAAUGUCGGUGUAUAAAAUCAUGCUCAAGACAUCUGGACUUUUCCAUUCGAUGUAGCAUAAUGCUCCCAGUGCAGCCAUAAAAACGGCAUCUUGGGUUUGAACAUUUCACUCAAUAUGAGUGUUGUUAUGAUAUAGCUUCAAUGAAGCGUUGGAGAGCAGAUGCAGAAUAUAUUAUGUAACAUUGUCUUACAGUGUGAAAAAAAGAGUAAUUUUUACUGGCUAAUUUUGAAGCUAAUGGGGAAAUUUAAGGAGAAAUGCGAUUAAUUGUUUUAUUACUUAACUAGAAAUGAUUUAGUUUACCAAUUAGCCACGACAAAAGCUAAUAUGACAUCACUGAAAACCUCAAAGCAGACACUUAAAAACAUGCUAAUUAGUAAUGCUAACUGCUUAGCUACAAUAUAAGCAAACGUUUUUGCAAGCUAGCACAAGAUCAGCACAGAAAGCAUGUAAUAAUAUCUAGCAAUUCUAUAUCUUUUUUGUUUUGUUUUCACUUCUUGACUGAAUAAUCACAGUUUAAAUGCUCUCAUUUUAAAUUGUCUUCCCUGAAAAUACCAUAAAAAUGGAGGCCAACAGCUGCAAAUAAACAUGGAGAUGAGAGGAUAUCACUUCUGCGAUCCAAAUUAUUGAGUCAUCGACAACUUAUGCAACACGCUACCUUAGUGAAUGUUGAGUAAUAUAUCACAUGGGGACGUAUACUGAGAAUUACUUGAGGUGUUUUCCAUCUUGAAGCACAUUCUGCCUCGUGCAAGAUAAACGUAUCCUCUCAUGUAUUGUUCUGAAGGCCGUUGGUUUGUGCCUCUCAAGACCUGCUUCAAGGUUAACUCAUUAUUCAAGCACCGUAGAUAUAACUUCAGGCAUGCAACAACCUUGGUGAAAUCUACAACACUGACAUUUUUUUUUCCUAUCUUAUAUCUUUUUUUUAUUGUAUUUUUAAAUAAAAACAAAUUAAUAAUUAA